AUGCAGACGCUCCAGAGCGCGCAGCGGUCCUUCUGCAUCACGGACCCGAGCCUCAAGGACAACCCCAUCGUCUACGCGUCCGCGUCGUUCCUCUCCACGACGGGCUACCCCCUCGACGAGGUCAUCGGCAAGAACUGCCGCUUCCUCCAGGGCCCGGGCACCUUCCCGGGCACCGUCGCGGAGCUCGCCAAGGGCAUCGCCGAGGGCACGGACACGACGGUGACGAUCCUCAACUACAAGAAGGACGGCACGCCCUUCUGGAACCAGCUCUUCGUCGCGUCGCUCCGCGACAUCAACAAGCGCGUCGUCAACUACGUCGGGGUCCAGAUCCCCGUCGCCGGGCCCCUGCCCAAGCCCGGCGACGAGCCGGUGCCCUUCCCGGCCAAGGAGGCCAAGGACGCGCCCAAGGCCGACGGCUCGUGA